ACAAUGGAUGCUGUUGUGUCGACUUCUCUGUCAGCCGCUCUGACGACAUUCUUUUAUAAAUGAAUUGAUUUUGAUGAUUUGAUCUCCUUUCUUUGUGUCCUCAUGUCCACAAUGCUUCGUAAGUUCAAGUCUGUUUUGAAGGGGAUGACAAUGAAAAUUGCCGGGAAGAACUUGAAACCACUGAUGAAAAAGUUUCGUUAUGACAUUCAACACGUGGAGAAGACGGCAAAAGUUUGGACAAGUGAUGACGACGUAGCUCGGUUCGGCAUUCAGACAGGGGAUGACUUGCCGUGGGGUCUUGACCGGAUUGACCAGUCUGGUGCAGCGCCUCGUCUGGAUAAGAAAUAUGAAUGGUGGGGAGAUGGAACUGGUGUGCAUGUCUACGUGCUGGAUACGGUCACGAACACGAUCGCAAUCACGAACGUGAUCACGGAAGACACGAUCACGAACGUGAUCUUGACGCUGAAGAAAAACAUCGUGACGAAGUAUCACGACGACGAUCAAGAUCACAACGACGACGAGGGUCAUCACGACGACGAUCAAGAUCACGAAUGUGCAGGUGCGAGAUACGGUAAGCGAGUCCUUUGGCGCCAAAAGCGUCAGGACCACAUGUUUGUCGUCUUUGACGACGACACAGUGGAGAAGCUACCGUUAGAAGAAGAAGGAGUUCCCAGUAGCAAUCACCCUGAACCUGUCUUAUGUUCUGUCUCUCUGGAUGACUCCUUUGAUGAGCUUGGUAACGAGUUGCUAGCACUACGAAGCUCAUGGGCAAAGAAAGCAAAGUCUAAGGGUGAACUAUUACUCGCGGAUGUACACGAACGGACGGGUGCACUUUUAGACUCAGGAUCUACACGAUCCUACAUUUCUGAGAGAGCUAUUCGCAAGCUUCAUCUUGGAAUGAAGGUAAAAUGUUUAGCACGACCUAUCACGUCUAUUCUUGCUGAUAAAAGCACGAUCACUGUCUCUCAUUAUAUCAAUCGUGUGAAAUGUAAGUUCAGGACUAAAACUGGAAAGAAGAUUGUGCACGAAAUCUCCUUCCUAAUUGAGAAGAACUUGCCUUUUGAUAUGAUUCUGGGAAUGGAUUGGCACGAGGAAGCCAACCCAGAAAUCAAGUUCAAGGAAAAGGAAGUACGCCUGAAAAAUGCACAAUCUGAACUCGAGACCAUCAAACUGUAUCACAAGUCUGGAUUUGACUCUACUCUGUCUUUCUGUUGUAUGAGUUAUCCAUCUUUUCGAUCGAUGGUCAGGAAGAAGCAAUUGGACCAGGAGGUAAUAAUGGUGUUGGUAAAGGAAGUUGGUGAGUCUUCGACACCUUAUCCUCCAUCGAUACAAAAACUCUUAGAUGAGUAUAAAGAUCUAUCUCAGGAACCUACUGGGAUCACUGAGCGUGCUAUCAAGCACACUAUCGAGAUCAUUCCUGGAAGUAAGACUCCCAAGGGCCCUAUCUAUCGAAUGUCGCCUAGGGAACUUGAGGAAUUGCGCAAGCAACUUCAGGAAUUAACUGACAAAGGAUGGAUUCGCCCUUGUUCUUCACCUUAUGGAGCGCCUGUAUUAUUUGUGCCCAAAAAGGAAGGUGAGUUGCGUAUAUGCAUUGACUAUAGAGGGUUGAACUCCGUUACUGUGAAAAACGCUGAACCCCUACCACGAAUUGACGACUUGUUGGAUCAACUGCAGGGAUGCAAGUACUUCAACAAGAUUGAUCUGAAGUCGGGAUACCACCAAAUCGAGGUGGCGCCCGAAGAUCAACACAAGACUGCUUUUCGAGCCAGGUAUGGACACUACGAGUUUGUGGUCAUGCCCUUCGGAUUGACGAAUGCCCCUGCGACCUUCCAAAGGUCUAUGAACGAAUUGUUUCGACUGUGGUUGGAUCAGUUUGUAAUUGUGUAUCUCGAUGACAUCCCAGUCUACAGCAAAACGCUGGAGGAUCACAAGAAACACUUGCGUCUCUUCUUGGGUAAGCUGCGAGAAGGUAAUUUUAAACUUAACCCAAAGAAGUCUGAGUUUGCAAAACCUGAAGUGCUCUACUUAGGGCAUAUAGUUAACGAAGAAGAACUCAGACCGGAAGCGAAGAAAAUUUCAGCGAUUAGAGAUUGGCCACAACCAAAGUCCAUCACUGAGUUGAGGUCUUUCCUUGGGUUAGCCAGUUACUAUAGGAAGUUUGUUAGGAACUUCUCCUUCGUUGUUGCUCCCAUGAUAAGACUCCUGAAGAAAGGAACCAUAUGGUUGUGGGACAACGACUAUGAGUCAUCAAUGAAGAAGUUAAAAUAUGCACUGACUCACUACCCUGUUCUGAAAAUCGCUGAUCCAUCUCUUCCCUUUAUUGUGACCACUGACGCAAGUCAGUAUGGAAUUGGCGCAGUCCUACAGCAGGAUGAUGGUAAGGGUUACAGACCUAUUGAGUUCAUGUCUGCCAGACUUCCUACUCAGAAGGUCGCCGACUCCACUUACGAAAGGGAAUUGUAUGCGCUUGUCUAUGCACUGAAAUCCUGGAAACACUACUUGUUAGGGAGGCACUUCACUGUCUACUCAGAUCACUCGACACUGAAGUGGAUAAAGACUCAACCAAGACUCUCUGACAAACUAGUACGAUGGUCUGCUUUCCUCGACACCUUUGACUUUGAGUUGAAGACAAUCAAAGGUAAGUCUAACGUUGUGGCUGAUGCAUUGUCUAGGAGAAGUGAUUUCUUUGGAACCAUUGUCCCCUACUUGGAUAUAGUAAAUGAUGUGCAGGAACAGAUUCGACAAGGCUAUGCUAAUGAUCCUAUCUGGAAACCCAUCAUUGACCUUGUCACUAAGGAUCCUGCCCUGUUACCCAAGUAUAAGAUGACAAAUGGAUUGCUUUUCUUGAUAGACGAAACUGAACAACGGUUGUGUAUUCCUCACAAAGAAGAGAUUAAAAGUCUGCUGAUUGGGGAAUGUCAUGACUUUGCAGGACAUUUUGGUUUCAAGAAAACUUAUGCAGAAGUAAGAGAACGCUUCGAUUGGAAAGGACUAAAGGAAGAUGUACUAAUAUGUGCGUACUUGUUUGUGAAAGCUGAGCUUGUGAUCCAGAAGUUUCAGAUGCGAUGGGUAACUGAGUAUGGAUUCCCAUUGUCUAUCGUAUCUUACAGGGAUGUGAGGUUCACAAGUAUGCCAUGGCAAAAGCUGAUGGAGGCAUACGACACUCGUUUGACUAUGCAAGCAACGGACAGAUGCAGCGGCAGCAGCACGGAGAAGAAAGAAGCAGAGGCAGAGAAACAGCGUCUUCUGGCGGAAGAACAGCGGCAGAAGCACGCGGCAGCAGCAGCCAAGGCCGCUGAUGAAGAACGCGUACGGCAAUGCGAGAUCAUAUUCAGGGAGGAAAGUGCAUUACACGCACAGGCCAAGGAUUGGCAGAAGGAGGCCGAGAACGGCGAUCCCAUUGACGUCGGGAGCAGAGUAUCUCAGCUGCUCAACCGUGUCACGGACCUCCUCGCGACUUGCAUCGCGCAACAGGAGGAUAUUCACUCUCUCGACCACACCAACAAGGCGUUACAGCAGUUGCUGGACCAGACGCUCAAGCGCGUUCAACAACUGGAGCAGCGGGUCGCUAACACCAAUGCCAGCGCCGGCCCCUCCAACGUCGCCGACCACAUCAACGUCUUGGAGAUAGACGUGGGGACACUCAAGGCCGGGGCUCAACAGCACGUCUGCGCCGCAGCCAGCUCCAACACGACGCCACGCGAGACCAUUGUCAAGUUUGACGGGCUCCCGAUCUUCUAUGACGCAUCGAAGACGGACCCCAUACAAUGGUGGCACCAGUUCGACCUCAAGCUGGACCUCCACCACGUGGCCAACGAGAACCGGCAAGCCUAUCUGUACUCCCGCUCGGGAGGCGCGUGUCAAUCAUGGUUGGACAACAUGCUGUCCGCACAUGCAUGUACAGUCACCGAGUUACACAAGUACAUCACCUGGGCGGACCUCACGGCGGCAUGGAAGAAGCGUUUCCAAGUAGAAUUGCCCGAGCAUCAGGCGAUGGACAAGCUGCUGAGGUUUUCGCCGAACAGCAUUCCAAGCGGAGACUGGAUUUCUGAGUUCCAACGGCUGGCAAGCACGCCCAAUUUGCCGAUGAACUUCGACGGCAUCAAGCUUUACUUCAUCAAGCGGUCGUGCCCAGCGUUGCAGAAUGCGUUGACUCACGUCGCCGAGACUGUCACCACAAGUGAGGAACUCUUCAACAAGGCCGCGCAGAUCAUCGUGGUGAAUUUGGCAGCCCGGAAUACGGGCCCCUCCAUUGAUUCGUCUUCAAGUGGACCUUCACGGGAUUCGGCGCCCGCGUUCAACAUUGAGGACUUGGACCCGUUGACGCCCGAGGAUUUUGCAUGGCUUCCUCUCCCUUCCACCGGCUGCUUACCGGAGCCGCAAUGCGCAGCUCUUCGCGCUCACUUACAUACAUACCUAGUCUUCUAUGCACCACCAACUUCGCCUACGGAGGACGAGGUCGCGGUGGGGGACAUUCUUGCGUAUGUGAGCAAGGUGGCCCGCGAGUUUCGCACGCAGCGGUACGACGACAACAACGCACCGCUCCUUUAUGUCCGCAUCCAAAUCGGGCAAGCGUCCUGCAACGCUUUGCUGGAUAGCGGUGCGACUCGCAUUUUUAUCAGCCAGUCCUUCAUGCAAAGGGCCGGCCUUGGACCACAAUUUCGAAGGAAGGCACACCCUACGUUGAUUAAGUUGGCAGACGGAAGAACGCAACAACUCCUUGAUCGCUACAUCGAAGCCGUCCCGGUUUAUUUCGCACCUCAUGCAUGCGAACCGGUGACGUUCGACGUCUUGGACACGGACUUCGACAUCAUUUUGGGCAUACCUUGGCUUGCAAGUGCGGAUCACACGGUCUACUUCCACCGGCGGACGCUUACGGUUCACGACGCGUUCAGCGCCAAAGUACCAUGUACGAUUCCUCCUCCGCACCCUUCGAUCCGGUGCCGAGUUGUAACCGCCAAGUCUUUUCGGGCCACUUGUGCUUACGAGCGGACCGAAGAGAUCGGCUUAUGUUUUCUUCGAACCAUCGCGGUAGCCGACUCUCCACCCACGGACUUGUCUUCAGACCCCAGGGUGGUGCGGUUGCUCGACGAAUUCGCCGACGUCUUCGAGUCACCUACCGGCGUGGUGCCGGAUCGGCCAAUAUUUCACGAGAUCAUUGUCGAGGCCGGUGCCGUCCCGCCAAAAGGUUGCAUUUACCGCAUGAGCGAGGAGGAACUUACAAUACUCCGCGCGCAGCUCGACGACUUCUUGGACAAAGGCUGGAUCCGGCCUAGUAGCUCACCCUAUGGUGCGCCAGUUCUCUUCGUUCAGAAGAAGAACAAGGACCUUCGCUUAUGCAUCGAUUACCGCAAGCUCAAUGCGCAAACCAUCAAGAACGCGGGACCUCUUCCUCGUAUUGACGACCUUCUGGAGCGCUUGGGCGGCGCGAAAUUCUUUUCUAAGCUGGAUUUGAAGUCAGGAUAUCAUCAGAUCUCGAUUCGGGCGCAAGAUCGCUACAAGACCGCGUUCAAGACACGGGAAGCGAUUGCCAUGGAUAUCACCGGGCCGUUCCCCAAGCACAAGACGGGCGUCGAUGGGAUUCUCACGGUGGUUGACCGCCUCACCAAGUUUGCCAUGUUCUUGCCUUACCGCUAUAACGCCAAGGCACCGGAGUUGGCUGCGGUUCUCUACGCCGGUUGGAUUCGAACCAAGGGUUACCCCAAGGAGAUCGUAUGCGACCGCGACACUCGGUUCAUGUCCGAUUUUUGGUUGGCGCUCAUCAAACGAUGGGGCUCAUCCCUCAAGCCAAGUUUGGCUCGCCACCCCCAAACCGAUGGCCAAACGGAGAGGGCACAUCAGACCGCACAUGUCCUCCUUCGAACUCUCAUCCGUCUCGACCAGAAAGAUUGGGUUGAGCGGCUGCCGGAUGUCGAGUUGGCAUACAACAUGUCCAUCCAUCCGACUAUCGGGAUAUCGCCCUUUGAGUUUGAGCAUGGCUCGCCGGGCAAUUCUCCGUUGGACACAAUCCUCCCACGGACGGCCGAGAGCGAAGACCACCUCCUCUUCAUUCGUCGGAUGCAAGAGCUUCUUGUCAAGGCACGUGACCAGAUGGCAAAGACGCAGCAACGUAUGCGCCAACAGGCCAACCGCCAGUGUCUUCCUUGUCCAUUCCGCGCCGGCAACCUCCAGUAUCUUGCGCAAAUGGUGCCAACGAUGGCACCCACUGGGAUGCUGAUUCACUAUCAAGCGUCGCCACAAGUCGAACAGUGGGGGAUUGCAGAGUUGGGGAUGCAGGCAUGGCCCACGCUUGGCCAAUGGUCAGGUUUGAAAUCAGGAGUUGCCAAGAAUGCCUGGAUUGUACCAGUCAGGGCAAUGGCAUGUGAUGGCAUUGGCACCUCCGAUGCAAUUAUUGAUGGUUUGGACUGGAUCAGUAAGAACAAGAAACUCCCUGCUGUCCUGAGCAUGUCUGUGACAAUGGAUGCGUCCCCCACUCUGGACCAGGCGAUCAAGGAAGUUCUAGAGGAAGGCGUGGUAGUGGUCACAGCAGCAGGCAAUCUCAAUGCCCUGGCAUGCAACUUCUCCCCUGGCCGAGUACCUGGAGUCAUCAGUGUCGGAGCGAUAAUGAUGAAUGAUGCGAUGGCAUGGUUUAGCAAUUACGGGUCCUGUGUUGAUCUGUUUGCUCCGGGAGAUGGCAUAAUCAGUUCUAGCGUGGCUAGCGAGAACAGCUAUGCAGCACUUUCAGGGACGUCCAUGGCAUGCCCCCAUGCGGCAGGAUUGGCAGCCAUUUACCUUUCUCAGAACAAAGACGCUCGCCCAGCUGAUGUCAAGCAAGCUAUGCUGGAUUUUGCAAUCCCUGAUGGUGUCAUAAUCAAAGGAACACGGCAGGGCACCAACACAUCCACAAAACUGCUGAACACACACUUGAGGCGCCUGAAGAUGGAGGUGGUCCCACGAACAAUCAGUUUGCGAGAGGGAUCCAUCCAACAAAUCACUGCCCGGCUUCUCAGGGCCCCAAAUGACACAGUUUUCCUGUUUCCAUCGCUUGCGGAUACCUCCAUCGGUAUGUGCUGACUACUUUGCAAUAGCUAUGCAUUUAUGUUUCAUUAUCAUGGCUUGCUGAAAGUUUAUGACAACAUUGAGGAUUCAACAAAUAUGUUCUGACAAG